AUGUUCGUAAUUAAGGAGGCCGAGCUGAAAAGCGCGAGCAUCCCGAGCGACGAGGAUUUCCAAAACGCGGCUCCCAGCAUCGCCAUCAACGGUAGCAGCCGAGCUGCUCCCACUCGCGGCCGGCGAACCUCGUACCGCGACCUCGUCGCGCGAAUCCAGGAAGAGUCCAGAAGGCGAACAGAAGCGGAGGAAGCGCUGUCCGCCUGCACGAAACGGUUGGACGGCGUGCGAGCCGCGGUCGCAGCCGCGCAGAAAGCGCUCGACGAAGCUGCACUGGUCGUUCUCAUUCCGGCAGGUUCCGGUGAUGCUCAAGGGGGGAACGAAAGCAGCACGGCUAGUAUCGAGGAAGCUGGAAACGAGGAUGCCGGGUCGAGAUCUGCUGACGGAUCGCAAGAGGUUCCGACGGAAGCAGAUACGACUGGGAGUGCCGGUGCAGAAACAGUUGUGAAUGGGAUUGGCAUUGUGGAAACAGAUACGACAGGGAGCGUGGAUGUGGAAGGUGCAUUGGCGAGAGCGGUUGCUGCGGCGAUGAAGCGAGGCGAGGAGCAUUUGAUAUCGGAUAAGCAGCAAGCGGAUCUGGUGGCGCGGAAAGAGGCGGAGGUGUCGCGGUUGCGAGAUAAGCUGCAGUACUGGGAGAGGAUGAACCAGGAGAUGGCUGAGAAGAAUAACGAAGCCAUUGGUAAGGAGGACAAGCUGAAAGGAUCUUUCUUGGCUACUUGA